GCGGUUUCAGCUCAUUGACUCGGCUGGGUCUCUUCCCCGUUAUCUCCUUCUCUCUCCCUCUCUCUCGUAGCCUUACUUGAGAACCGGUCGAAUCAAUCAAAGCGCAGUGCCUUCUUUCGGAGCUUCGGGAGGACUGGUAUGGAUGUAGAGGAGGGGAUUCAAUCCUUAGCUGGCUUUUGAUCCUUUGUUGCCGAUUUGGGAAAGAGCCUUGGGAGGCUUAAAGUGCGGUGCUUCAAAAAUUCUCCAAGAAACUCUGGCUUUUGACAUGAUGGGGAUUGGAAAACUUGGAUUAGGCUUCUGUAUCUUUGUGAUCUUAUCUAUUCUUCGUGCUUCUGGAGCAUUUACCCCCGAAGACAACUACUUGAUUGACUGUGGUUCUCCAGAGAACACGACCAUUGGCACGAGAACUUUCAUCGCUGAUACGUUCGUUUCUUCUACCAUGACAGCUCCUGGUAGCAUCUUAGCCAAUACCUCAUCGAAGUCGGUCUCAUCUUUUGACAGCUCGGCCCUCUACCAGACUGCACGGAUCCUUACCAGAUCCUCCUCCUACUCUUUCUCGAUCCAGAAGCAUGGCAGGCACUUCAUCCGCCUCUACUUCUUCCCUUUCGUGUUUCAAAGCUACAAUCUCAGUGCUGCAAACUUCACCGUCUCGACUGAUGAUGUCGUCCUCCUCCAUAAUUUCCAACCGCCGGGGAAUUCUUCUCCAGUGUUCAGGGAAUUCUUGGUAAACAUAAAUCGCGACAAACUCAUUCUUUCGUUCGCACCCUCAGGGAACCCAGCCCUUGCAUUCAUAAACGCUAUAGAAGUUGUUUCGGUUCCUGAUUAUCUGAUAAAUGAUACUGCCCAGACUGUUCAUCCUCUCGGGGAAUAUGAAGGUUUGUCAGGGCAGGCAUUGGAGACUGUUUAUAGGAUCAAUAUGGGCGGCCCCAAGGUUACCUCGGAAAAUGAUACUCUAUGGAGAACUUGGGUUAAUGAUCAAAGCUUCCUACUUAAUAAGAAUCUUGCCAGAGCGGUUAAUUACUCUGGAACGAUUAAUUAUCUGCAAGGAGGAGCCACCCCAGAGACUGCCCCAAAUAUUGUCUAUAGCACAGCAACGGAGUUGGCAGCAUCAUCGAAUACUUCUGCUGCAGUUUUUAACAUGACAUGGCAGUUCAACGUGGAUGCAAAUUCUUUCUACUUUAUACGGCUUCAUUUCUGUGAUAUAGUUAGCAAAGCACUCGAAAAUCUCUACUUUGAUGUUUACAUUAAUGGCUGGUUAGUGGUUCAAGAUCUUGAUCUUAGCCAACUUUCAAUCCAAACAUUGGCUGCACCUGUUUUUAUGGAUUUUGUUUUGGCGGCUAGUGAUGCAUCCAGUAAGCUUCGUAUCAGUAUUGGCCCUUCAAACUUGCCUAAUGUUUUGCCUGAUGGCAUUCUGAAUGGGCUUGAGAUUAUGAAGAUGAACAUUUCCACCAGUUCCGUUAUUGUUAUUGCACCACCUGGUUCAAAGAAAAAUUUUGGUGUGAUAUUGGGCUCAGUCCUUGGAGCAGUCGCUGUGGUGAUUGCUGCUUUUGUUCUCUUGGUGGUGCUUCAGAGAAGGAAAAUGGCAAGGAAGCACCAUUCGAAGACUUGGAUGCCUUUCUCUGUCAAUGGACUGACUUCACACAGCACAGGGAGUAGAACUUCUAAUGGCACUGCUGCUACAUCUGGACAAAAUGCAAGCCUUGGUUACCGGUUCUCCUUAGCUGUGCUGCAAGAAGCAACAAACAACUUUGAUGAGAAUUGGGUGAUUGGAGUAGGAGGUUUUGGGAAGGUCUACAAGGGGAUGCUGAGAGAUGAGACCAAGGUUGCAGUUAAGAGGGGUAAUCCAAAAUCCCAACAAGGCCUCAAUGAGUUCCGAACAGAAAUUGAGUUGCUAUCACGUCUGCGCCACCGUCAUCUGGUUUCUCUUAUUGGGUACUGUGAUGAGUGGAAUGAGAUGAUUCUUGUUUAUGAGUACAUGGAGAAAGGGACACUCAAGAGCCAUCUCUAUGGCUCUGACCUUCCUAGUCUUAGUUGGAAACAGAGGCUGGAAAUUUGUAUCGGAUCAGCCAGAGGACUUCACUACCUUCACACUGGUUUUGCCAAGGCUAUCAUCCACCGUGAUGUUAAAUCCGCAAAUAUUCUACUUGACGAGAAUCUCAUGGCUAAGGUUGCAGAUUUUGGGCUCUCAAAGACUGGACCAGAUCUGGACAAGACCCAUGUGAGUACCGCAGUAAAAGGAAGCUUUGGUUAUCUUGAUCCAGAGUAUUUCCGCAGGCAACAGCUGACAGAGAAGUCAGAUGUGUAUUCAUUUGGAGUCGUUCUGCUUGAAGUGCUCUGUGCAAGACCGGUCAUCGAUCCCACCCUUCCAAGAGAUAUGGUGAACUUAGCAGAGUGGGCAAUGAAUUGGCAGAAAGGAGGAGAGUUGAAGCAGAUUGUUGAUCCUCGGAUUGCAGGAACGGUUAGGUCUGAUUCUCUGAGGAAGUUCGGUGAGAUAGUCGAGAAAUGCCUGGCAGAUUAUGGUGUGGAGAGGCCCCCAAUGGGAGAUGUGCUGUGGAAUUUGGAAUAUGUGCUGCAUCUCCAAGAGGCAGAUUUAGGGAUCUCUGAGGUUAAUAGCAUAAAUAGCAUCAAUCGGAUUGCUGGACUUUCUUCACGGAUUCAGAACAUGGGGAACCUUGAUGGUGCAACUGUUGGGGAAGUCCCUACCUCAAGUUCCAAUAAUCUUUCUGAUGACUCUAUGAGUGGAGUUUUCUCACAGUUGAUCAAGGCUGAAGGGAGAUAAUUUGGUUAUAAUUUGCCAAAAUACUGCUUGCGGUAGGGACUUUCUAGUCCGUUUCACAUGUGACCACUUAGUCCUCUAUAUGCGGGUGUUAAUUUCUUCUUUUAUGUAUAUCUGCUCACAUAAGCAAACAGUCCGACCAUGUAAUCAUGGUCUAGGUUUGUAAUACCUUCCUUUUGAUCGUUCAUCAUCUUCAAAAAAGGUAAAUAUCUUUGAAUGUUGAAUGUGUGGCUAUGUGCUUGUUUAGGUGGACCAACACAAAGUCUAAACCUUUUGUGAUAAGUAAUGGCGUGAAUAUGGGCAAGCAGAAUUCUGAGCAGAACCAUCCAUAUCUAGGAUCUGCAAUAGAUAUAUGCUUGCACUUGGUAUGUAUGGUGGUGCUUUUGUGAAUGUGAUCUUGAUGGAAUUGGUUCCUGGACUUCCUAUAGUCUGCAAGAUGAAAUUGUAUAGCAUUCUUCACAGCUUCAACGUUCAAUUCUUCUCAACGUCACAAAGUAAGUGUACUCUGCUAACUACAUGACUCUGAACAGCCACUGUAUUUAUCAUCUGGAAUUCUGAAUGUUGCAGAAGAAUUCAGACAAGAAUACACUGCUGGCAUGUGUCACCAGCAAUCACAACAUGCCAGGAGACCAUGACCUGAUUUUUUGUGAUGGCAGAUGGUGUACUAUGGUGUGAAGCAAAAGCACUUGAUUAAUCCAAAUUUUCAGCUGCCUUUGCCAACUGGGUUUCCUGCAAUGGUUCGACUUUUAAGCGUGCUGCCAAAGGGUGUGUUUCAUAGCAGCCUGAUCGGCAAAGUGGGUUUGAUUCUUGAAGGAGAACAGAAAUAAGCCAGGGAAACAUAGUUUGCUGAUGUAUUUGUCAUCCCAGCCUAUUGUAGGUCUUAGGUAAUCAAAGCAAGUGCACUUGAGAUGCAUAGCAGCUUGGUCACCCAAGUGGGGCAUAAAGUAGAACAGGUAUCAUUUGUUGCAAGUAAUUUACCUACACGUUUGUUGUGCCUGGUUUGUUUAUCUGUAAUUAGGUAAGUACUAUGUUGGCCGAGUGAAAACAAGAGAACAUAAACCUUUCCGGUCUGCUUGGUUCAGGAUAUAAAUUUUCCUUUUUUUCUCA